AUGUCGAAUAUUUAUGAUAAUUGGGAGAGAUUGGUGGAGGCCGUGAUCCGGAGAGAGCAACUAUGGCAAAUGUUUCAUGAUCAGAGCCCAAGUGACAGCUCAAUAACUUCUGAUAUCAGUUUUAAUUCUCAAGUCCUUGAUGUGCCUUUUGAUUUUUCAAGCCCCGGAGGUUCAUCUCAGUAUCAGCAGCUACCUUCACCCGCAGGUUUUAGUCCUGUUUUUGACCUUGAAGAUAUGUUGAGGUCUUCUGGAAAGUUUCUAGGGAUGGGAACAUUUGGAAGUGCAUAUAUGUCAGCAAUGGAUAAUGGAAUAACAGUUAUGUUGAAGAGAUUGAAUGAAGUGAAUAUUUCAAAAAAGAAGUUCAGAAAACACAUGGAGGUUAUUGGAAAUAUAAGACACGAUAACUAUGGUUGCAUGUCUGAUCUUGGCUUGGCAAGCAUGAUUCCAUCACCAAUCAUGCGAAAUGCUGGGUACCAUGCUUCAGAAGUAACAAGCACCCAGAAUGUGUCACAAGCGUUUGACGUCUAUAGCUUUGGAAUCCUGCUGCUUGAACUUCUUACUCGAAAGUCCCCGUUACAUGCCAUAGGUGGCAAUGAGGCUGUCGACCUCGUUAAAUUGGUUAAUUCUGUCAAUGCAAAGGAGCAAACUGCUAAUGUGUUUGACGUGGAGCUCUUGAGAGACCGUAACAUAGAGGAAAAAUGGUAA